CCAGAUGAUUUUCCUUGAGGGCAGAUAAAAGACUUACGCUAAUUUGGUUGAACACUCACUCUGCCAGGGCAAAACAAAAAAGCAACAGCUUUAGGAAAGAAAGAGCUCACCAAGGACCCCAAAUUCACUGAAGUAUAUUUCUGACCCUUAACAAAGGAGCUGCAUGCCCAGAUGUUCCAAACUCAGCACUUGGCAGAGGCCCCAGGAGACCAGAGGAUCCACAGAAGUUUAAGGCUUUCUGUGAUCCCUACCAUUUCAGGAGGGGUGUGUGCGGGUGCUAGGCCCACCUACGGAUACUUACAGAUUUGGAUCUGGACGCCUGGGGAGAGGCUGAGUCACCUGCAGUCACAGGGCUGGCUCCGGGCAACGCCCUCCCACCCACCUCCCAACUCUGCCCUCCUCACGUGAUUUCUUUUAGAACAUCAGCCCUUUGGAGGCAACUUUGACCCAGGGAGGAUUCUGCAGUGUUUUGCAGAUAUAGACGCACCGGCAACUAGUUUGAGUGCUGCUGUAUUAGCAAAGACUUUAGGGAAUGACACAAACCUGUGAGCAGGUUUGGGGGCAGCAGGUCCCACCCUGCAGGGCCUCUGGCCUCCGGCUCAGGGGGGGAUGAGCCCGCAUGGAAGCACUGGGCAUGGUGGGCAGGGGAGCACUGACUCUGAGACUGAGGGUCCUCACGUUCUUCAGAUGGCUUUAAGAAACAAGCCUGAGGAAUCCGCCCGCCCACAGUGCCCCCGGUGCCACCACCCAUGUCUUGCCCGGCUCUUUCCUGUGACCCUUGAACUCUUUUGGAUAUCUGAGAUGCUGUCAGAUUUAUCCUAAUGCAAAACAACCGGAGGGGUGGUUUUGAUAACAGUACAAUGCUCCUGGCCAGGGGUUCUCCAUCAAGAGAAAGAACUUAUCUGAGACAAGGGAUUAGAGCUGCCACCUGAGUCAGCCUUUGUGGGGAGGGUGGGUCUGUGGGUGGGUCUGUCCCCAGCCCCUCCCAGCACAUCCGGAGCUCUGUGGCCUUUACGGGCUUCAUUAUCUCUGGGGCCUCAGUUUCCCCACCAGGUAAGGGAGAAUGUGCAACCUGUUUUCUGUCCCACAGUCAGGUGAGCGCAGACUGGGCUACGGGAACAGCAAUACUGCCAAAGGGAACUGCCCCGGGGCCGGAGCGGCAGGUGCAUUCGGCACAGGCAUCCAGGCGAGGCCUCAGGGCCGGGUUGACAUGGCCAUUCCUGGGUGCGACCGUGCAGACGCGCAGACGCCUCCAGCAGCCUCGCCGGGCAGCUCCCUGGACCCCGGGAGGGCAAGAAGCAGCCUCCUAGAACUGGUGGGAGGGGAAAAUGGAGGAGACAAGCCUGAGAAACAGGAGAGAGGAUGAGAGGUCCGUCCAGAGCAUCCAGAGUAAGGAACCCAAGACCACAAGUCUCCAGAAGGAGGUGGGCCUGCUCAGCGGCAUCUGCAUCAUCGUGGGCACCAUCAUCGGCUCUGGGAUCUUCAUCUCCCCCAAGUCUGUGCUCAGCAACACGGAAGCCGUGGGGCCCUGCCUCAUCAUAUGGGCGGCCUGUGGGGUCCUUGCAACACUGGGGGCCCUGUGCUUUGCGGAGCUUGGUACGAUGAUCACCAAGUCGGGGGGCGAGUACCCUUACCUGAUGGAGGCCUUCGGGCCCAUCCCUGCCUACCUCUUUUCCUGGACCAGCCUGUUCGUCAUAAAGCCCACAUCCUUCGCCAUCAUCUGCCUCAGCUUCUCCGAGUAUGUCUGUGCGCCCUUCUACUCAGGCUGCAAGCCCCCCCCAGUUGUUGUGAAAUGCCUGGCUGCCGCUGCUAUCUUGCUCAUCACCACGGUGAACUCGCUGAGCGUGCGGCUGGGGAGCUACGUCCAGAAUGUGUUCACGGCGGCCAAGCUGGUGAUCGUGGCCAUCAUCAUCCUCAGCGGCCUGGUCCUCCUGGCCCAAGGAAAUACAAGGAAUUUUGAGAAUUCUUUUGAGGGCACAAAACUGUCUGUGGGAGCCAUCAGUCUGGCAUUUUAUAACGGACUCUGGGCGUACGACGGAUGGAAUCAACUCAAUUACAUCACGGAAGAACUUAGAAACCCUUUCAGAAACCUGCCCUUGGCCAUCGUCAUCGGGAUCCCGCUGGUGACAGGCUGCUACAUCCUCAUGAAUGUUUCCUACUUCACUGUGAUGACUCCCACGGAGCUCCUGCAGUCCCAGGCGGUGGCCGUGACGUUUGGUGACCGUGUUCUCUAUCCAGCCUCUUGGGUGGUUCCACUGUUCGUGGCCUUUUCCACCAUCGGUGCCGCCAACGGGACCUGCUUCACAGCGGGCAGACUUGUGUACGUGGCGGGCCGGGAAGGCCACAUGCUCAAAGUGCUGUCCUACAUCAGUGUCAAGCGCCUGACUCCAGCCCCUGCCAUCAUCUUUUAUGGUAUCAUAGCGACUAUUUAUAUCAUCCCUGGUGACAUAAACUCAUUGGUCAAUUACUUCAGUUUUGCCGCAUGGCUGUUUUAUGGCCUGACGAUUCUGGGAUUGGUUGUGAUGAGGUUUACGAAGAAAGACCUGGAAAGGCCUAUCAAGGUGCCCAUUUUCAUCCCCAUCAUGGUGACCCUCAUAUCUGUGUUCUUGGUUGUGGCCCCGAUCAUCAGCGAACCUGCACUGGAGUAUCUCUACUGUGUAUUAUUUAUGCUGAGCGGCCUUAUAUUUUACUUCCUUUUUGUCCACUAUAAGUUUGGAUGGGCUCAGAAAAUCUCAAAGCCCGUCACCAUGUACCUCCAGAUGCUGAUGGAAGUUGUACCACCAGAGGAGGCUCCAGAGGAACGGGCCUAGCCUCCGGGAGCCACAUCCAAACCGCGAUGAAUUUAUUUUUAGUGAAUAUAAGCAGGUGGCCAGCAAUCACGGGGCAAGCCAGCGCCGCUCAGGAGGCCUGGCCACCCGUCCAGAGGCCUCCCCCAGUGGGAGCGCAGAAGCUCUUCCUACAGGCACCUGCUGAGACGUUAUAAGAGCUCCGCUGAGUCAAGCCUACCUCCGCCAGCAAACACCCCAGGACUUCCGACCUCCCGAAGAGCCUGCCCAAUUUAGCCCAGGAAAAGGACAAUCACCCCGGUACUUCGUGGGCCAAUCUGACACCCGCCAAGCAGCCCACGGGAGUCCCGGCGGCAGCCACGCGGCUGCCCACCCGUCCUCCCACCGGCGGUGUGGGGCCGGCCUCCCUCACGGCGCCCCCUCCCCGAAAGGCGUCCAGGGGUGGCCCCUGGAGCAGGAAGGCCACGCAGCGAGCAGAAGGUCUUAUUUUACAGAUGAGGAAACUGAGAGUCAGAGUGUGAUCCCAACCUGCUCACGGGACAGCCUGGUAACAGUUUGUUCAAGCUGUGGCUUACCUACCGGGACCUCUGUGCUUUCUGAAGUGUGACAAUAAAGGUCUUGGGGGCAGUCACAACGGU